AUGCUCAAACUCAAGAAGCAGCUCGACAAACAGGCCAAGGAGCCCGGGGCGAAAGUGUACGAUUUGAAGAUGUACGAUCUGGUGCAGGGUAGGGACACGCCGUCGGAAGAUAUCUGGGAGAGGUCAAAACAGCCCGGCUUCUUGCAAGAAGCCUACGGACUGAUUGCUCGCAUUAAUGCGCAGGGGGAUAGUCAUAAUCAGAAGUUCUUGUCGCCAAGAUUCGCUUCCAUCAUGCCUGACAAAUACGGUGAUUCGGACAAAAAGGCCCUCUCCCCCUCCAUUCUCUCAUUCUAUCGAGAUGAAGCUGAGGACCAAAUUCUACCGUUGCCAAAGUUGCUCGAAGACAGCGGGCUGAAAGAUAACGAUCGGGACGCCAUGCUCGAAGUUGUGAUGGAAGUCUCGGGAGCACGAGGGAUGGUCGAUACUGCGAUGAAGACGAUGAAAAGUAUGCACAUGUUUGGCCUUGACGAAGAGUUCAGGGACGUCACCGACAAAAUUCAGGACAUCUUCAAGGCGUUAACCGGCAGUUUUACUGGGCGCCAGAAAAAGGAGAUGAAACGCCGUGGCUACACAUUUGCACACCCCGAACAGCUCGAGAAAUUCCACGAAGCGCAAGGCAUCAAGGACCGAGAGCACGGCUUCAACUACGAUACCUACAAACGAUUAUCCCGGAAGCAGCGCGAAGAAGCCCUGUGGCUACGCGUCAGACAAAUUGCGCGGAACGUUAGCCAUCCGGUGGGUGGAAAAGCUUAUACGGUAGAUGAGCCGCUGAUGAAGCGUGGUCCGAACGGGACGUGGAUCGAAAACCAUCGGAGAGUGAAGCGUGCUCACUAUCUUGGUGGAUGGCUGCAUGUUCUCGAGCCGACCGUCCUCGCUCCAUUCGCUUUUACACCCUCAAUUGGCGCUGGAAUCCUCGGACCGCUCGUCUUCUCUCCUGGACUUUUCAAUCCGGUCAUCUUCAACCCGUCGAUCGCCUCGCCGAUGAUCAUGUCCCCAGGUAUCGGCUACCCGUUCAUCCUGUCCCCCUACAUUUUCUCCUCCCAAAUCAUGAGCCCCCUCAUCUGGGCCCCAUAUAUUUUGACGCCCUAUUUAUUGGGGCCCAACAUCAUUACCCCGUAUUUGAUGUCGCCUGUCAUUUUGUCGCCCAUGCUUUUGUCUCCUGAUCUCGUGUCGCCAAUGGCACUCGGUGGGGCCGUCCUUUCGCCCACUAUGCUCUCGCCGGCCGUGUUUUCCCCAUCCGUUUUCAUGGUUAGUAUCAUGUCACCGUCGUUUUUGAGC